AUGGGGAACACGUCAUCUAAUCGGAAACGAGACAAAGAUAAUUCUCAAAUUGUUCCUCAAGCGGAUUCUAAUACUAUUCCAGCCCACUUGACCGGUAACGGCUGUAGUAUUCGUGCUGAUUCAGAUGUUAAGAUUAUAGGUGGUCGUCCUUAUUUAGAUGAGAAAGUUUCUACAUAUAUUUGUCCCACUGAUUGGGAAGAAGCUGAUAGAAUUCAAAUGGGUCAUUUUAUAUUGAAAAAACUACUCGAUGGCAGUUAUGCUGCAAAUCUCUCAGAUAUUAUUAAACCUGGGAGUAAAAUUUUAGAUAUUGGAUGUGGUCCAGGUCAUUGGAGCUUUGAAGUAGCUCAGAAAUUUCCUGAGGCGGAAGUUUAUGGUGUAGAUAUUGUAUCAUCCUUUCCAAAUGAGAUAAAACCUUCAAACUGUUACUUCGAAUUAUGUAACGUACUUGAAGGCUUACCGUUUAGUAAUGACGAAUUCGAUUAUGUUUUUAUGAGACAUAUGGUUUCAGCGUUAAAGAAGGAUCAGUGGGUUCCACUAUUUAGUGAAAUAAUGAGAGUAUUGAAGCCUGGUGGUACUGUUGAGUCUGUAGAGUUUGAAUGGGCUGCAAAAUCAAUGGGUCCAGUUCAUACUCAACUUAUUACCAAAUGGUUCGAAAUGACUUCAAAAACAAGGGCAAUGGAUUUUCAAUUUACUUCAAAACUUGAACAAACAAUUAAAGACGCAGGAUUUCAAAAUGUAACUUGCAUUUGUAAGGAUGUGCCUCUUGGAAAAUGGGAUGAAAAACUCGGCAGAGUUGCUGAAAUAUGGACAGCAAAUUUAGCUGAAAUGGCCAAUGGAAUGAAGUCAUUAUCGGCCCAAAUUAUGGGUAUAACAGAUGAAGAAUGGAUGAAUAUAAUUAACACGAUAGUACAAGAGUUUGACGAAUAUCGCACUUAUCAUGAACAUCGUAUUAUCUUGGCUACUAAAAAAUAUGACUAA